AUGUUGGAGCGGGGCUUCUCCCCCAAUGUCCGCACCUUCACGGCGGUGGUCACUGCCUAUGCCAAGGUGGGAGACAUCGAUGGCGCGGCGUGCACCAUGCUGGCCAUGCAGAGUUGCGGCAUCACCGCCGACACCGUCACUUACAGCAGUUUGCUGGAUGCAUGCGCGAAGAAAGGCGACAUCGAAUGUGCCCAGAAGAUCUUCGCCCUCAUGCAGCAACAGAACGUCCAGCCAAACAUCGUGUCGUACACUUCCCUGGCAAGAGCCUUCGCAAAGAAAGGCAUGUGGCACGAAGUUGAGCUCCUAGGUAGCAGCCUGGAGCAGGACGGACUUUUCGUUAACGACUUUUUCCUUUACGCGCUGCUGCUGGCCUAUGCACACGCCAUGCCGAAGCAGGCAGCCAGGGCCGAGGCAACCUUCGUGAGGUUUGUCCAGAGUGGCCAGAUCCGCAUCAACAAGCACAUUAUCAGCGGACUUCAUCGUGCAGUUGGCCACACUCGCACCAAGCAGUUGUUGCGAAAGGCUGAGGGGUGCCAAUGCACACCUGAAUUUGUGAGUUUGCAUAGAUCAAGCUAG